AUGAAGAUUAAUGCCCUCCCCCUCCUGUUCGCCACUGUUGCCAGUGCCAGUGUCCAGGGCUUCGACAUAUCCGGCUAUCAACCCAAAGUGGACUUUGCCGGUGCUUAUGCAGCUGGUGCCCGCUUCGUUAUGAUCAAGGCGACUGAGGGUACCAACUUCAUCUCCAGCUCUUUCUCGAGCCAAUACACGGGUGCCAGUAGCGCAGGUCUCAUCCGUGGAGGAUAUCACUUUGCCCAACCCGGCAGCAGCAGUGGUGCUGCACAAGCCACUUACUUUCUCGCCCACGGUGGCGGUUGGUCCGAUGAUGGCCUGACCCUGCCCGGCAUGCUAGACAUUGAAUACAACCCGUCCGGCGCAACCUGCUAUGGGCUCAGCCAAUCAUCCAUGGUUGCCUGGAUCAAGGACUUUGGAGAGACCUACAAGAAGACUGCAGGUCGGUACCCUAUGAUCUACACAACCGCCGACUGGUGGAACACUUGCACUGGUGGCAGCACGGCAUUCAGUCAGGACUACCCGUUAGCUCUGGCUCGAUACAGCACUUCGGUCGGCACUAUCCCCGGUGGCUGGCCUUUCCAGAGCUUCUGGCAGAACUCGGAUGCGUAUAGCUUCGGAGGUGAUUCGGAUAUUUGGAAUGGCAAUGAAGCCUCUCUGAAGACAUUUGCCAAGACCGCUGCUUAA